AUGCCCGCGACUGCACCAGCCCGCCGCCGAGCAGUUCGUGCUGCUGAGUCUGGCCGAGCCAACAUCCCCACCACGCCUUGCCCGUCCAAGCAAGCCCCUUCGAACGCUCACGAUGUCGACGCCGCUCGCACCUAUCAGCGCCAUUCGUUGAGAGCACGGGGAGACGCUUUGCCGCACCACCAGCGAGACGCUACCGGCCGGGCCCCCCACACUGGAGUCUCACUGCGCGCAAAGCAAAAACCCCCCCAACCUGCAAAACCUCCACAGCUUGAGAGCCCCGGGCUGGCUGCAUCUCCACCGGACGGGGCCUCUCACGGAGCCGGCUGCGCUGAUUGGAUCGAGUCGGCGAUAGAGCCGUCUUCCUGGAAGGCUACUGCGCACUAG